AUGAAGAAAUCAAGAGGCUUACAGGACACUAGCACGGAGGCCGUUUGGUAUCUCAACCAAGCACCCGCCAGAAACAUGGACAUAGCAGAUCUUUCCGAGGAUCUUCUCAUCGAAAUUCUCAGUCGUGUUCCUGUUGAAACUUUGCACCAGUCUGCGAGGUACGUUUGCAAAACUUGGGUUAAUGCAAUACGUGAUCCUGUUUUCGUAAGGAACCAAGUGCUACAUGCAAAACCUGGGCUCUUCGUUUCGAAUGCAAAACCUAGGCAACUCGUACGACAAGAUUGUCACAUGGACAACUGUUGGUUCUUCGAGUACAAAAACGGAAAAUUCAAGCUGACAGAUUAUGAACACGAGUUUGAUGGGGAAAUCUUGGGUAGUUCUGGGGGAGUGGCGCUAUUCAAACCCAGAAAUAAUCUCUUCUUCGGUACUUUAUAUGUUGCAAAUCCUCUUACCGGGAAAGUCAUGAAACUCCCUCGCCCCGUCGAAAAUCUUUGUGCUUUUGACCGGUUCAGUAGCAUUGCUUUCAUCCCUGAAACUGGGGAACUCAAGGUAAUAAACCCUCGUCUGGACUCGACGGGGAAAUAUCAUUGGGGGAUAGCAACUGUGGGCGUAGGUAUGUCAUGGAGAAGAAUAGAUAGACAUAAUUCUCAAGAAGGAACGCCAUCAUUGUUCGAUGAUCCAUUUCUGUAUCUGCAGCGGCCAAUUUGCGUUGGUGGGUUUCUGUAUUCCGUAUCUAAGUGUUGGGGUUGCAACCAAGAGGAGUUCUGCUCUAUUCACGCCAUUGACAUUCGUGAUGAAACCACUCGCUGCAUUCAGAUUCCAAAAGAAUUAAUGGGACUUUAUGAGGGAAGCCGGCUUAUGGCCAUGGGGAAUUACUUAUGUUAUAUAGGCUAUGAGGUGCGAGUUUCUGCGGUAUACUACAACGUAUGGAUAUUGAAGGACUUGGAUCAGAAUGAAUGGGCUAAACUUUACAGCAAUAUCGAUGUAGGUUUGGAAAAAGACGAAGCUCAGAAUGCGAUACCUAUUGGUUGGAUGGAGGAUGAGCAAGAAUUGCUGUUCUGUGUUAAUACAAUAAAAUAUGUUAAAUCUCAUAGAGCAGGAGCAGCAGCAGCAUUCGUAGCAUCAAAUUCUGUAAUGAUCUUGGCUUACAAUGUGAAAACACAAAAGAGAGAGAAACUUACAUUACUAGAUCAAGCCUCCCGCCACAAGAUACAGGUUCACAUCAACAGCCUUCUUUCGUGGCCAAGCAGGCAUUAA